GCUGUGUGACACACGCGACUGUUUUCAGCUUAAUAUACCGACCGAUGCGGUUUUUCAAGAUAACACAUGACUACAACCAUUUAUACACCGCAUAGAUUUGUAUUUUGAAGCGAAUAAGCUGUGAUAAAAAACGUAAACAGGUGAUCACAGAGUGAUGCUCGAGCGCUCUGCCGACACACCGACGCUUCGUUUUUCACGCACGACUGAAUGCGGUAUCGGUUUCGUGAACGUAUAGGUCGAGAAUGAGGAUUGAUGCUUCAGUUGCUGGUGAUUUUGGGAUGUUUGAUGUGAAUCAAUGGCGGAAGUGAAAUGUAAAUGUAUAACAUGCAGAAGAAUGGCCUAUAUCAUUAUUAUGAUUUACUCAAAAUGUCAUAGAUAGAUAGAUGGAGAUAGAAGAUAAGAUGGCCACCUCCUCCUCCAAUCUGGAAGAAGAUGAAAGUCUGAAAGGCUGUGAGGUUUUCGUGCAGAAACACAACAUACAGCAGAUCCUCAAAGAGUGCAUCGUCAACCUGUGCAUCGCCAAGCCCGAGCGGCCUAUGAAGUUCCUGCGGGAACACUUUGAAAAGCUGGAGAAGGAAGAAUGCAAGCAGAUCAUGGCCCGUCAGAAGUCCAAUUCGCAGUCGGACUCUCACGAUGAUGAAGUGUCUCCUCCUCCUCCAAACCCGGUGGUGAAGGCCAGGCGCCGGAGAGGUGGGGUCAGUGCUGAAGUCUACACAGAGGAGGAUGCCGUCAGCUACGUCAGAAAGGUCAUUCCAAAGGACUACAAGACAAUGACCGCGCUGGCCAAAGCCAUCUCUAAGAAUGUGCUGUUUGCCCACCUAGAUGACAAUGAGAGAAGUGACAUAUUUGAUGCCAUGUUCCCGGUCACUCACAUCGCUGGGGAAACGGUAAUCCAGCAAGGUGAUGAAGGAGACAACUUCUAUGUGAUUGAUCAAGGAGAAGUUGAUGUGUAUGUAAAUGGGGAAUGGGUGACCAGUAUCGGAGAGGGUGGUAGUUUUGGAGAAUUGGCUCUGAUAUAUGGAACUCCUCGAGCCGCUACUGUGAAAGCCAAGACUGACCUGAAACUGUGGGGCAUAGACAGAGACAGCUACCGACGCAUCCUUAUGGGAAGCACGUUGAGGAAGAGGAAGAUGUAUGAAGAGUUCCUCAGUAAGGUGUCUAUACUUGAAUCCCUUGAUAAGUGGGAGAGGUUGACCGUGGCCGAUGCCCUGGAGCCUGUGCAGUUUGAAGAUGGAGAGAAGAUCGUAGUGCAGGGAGAACCGGGAGAUGACUUCUUCAUUAUAACAGAGGGUACAGCGUCUGUUCUGCAGCGCAGGUCUGAUAAUGAGGAAUAUGUUGAAGUGGGCCGCCUGGGUCCGUCUGACUACUUCGGUGAGAUAGCCCUGCUGUUGAACAGACCGCGUGCAGCCACAGUCGUGGCCAGGGGUCCGCUGAAGUGUGUGAAGCUGGACCGGCCACGUUUCGAGCGUGUCCUGGGGCCCUGCUCUGAGAUCCUCAAGAGGAACAUUCAGAGAUAUAACAGUUUCAUUUCUCUCACAGUCUAACCCGGCCAUCUGACACAUGUCUAGAGGUUACAUACCUCCGUCAGGUUACUCUGGUGCCUGGUUGCAUAAAAUAAUGUGUGUGGUACUUCAUCAGUUUUGCUUAAAUCAUUAGCUUAACUAUAGUUAAGUUGCUCUGAAUGUGGCAACUAAUAAAAAACGACUUCUUUUAUGCAGCCAAGCAUUGUUUUUACUUUUUUUGUGUGUGUUUUUUUGCAAGAAGCACAAGUUCUCCACCUUUCUGCUUUUUUCCUUUAUGUGAUUUUCUUUUUCUUAUGCGCACUUUGAAUUGACCUAUGCUAUCACAAAGCUUUAUUUCAGCAGAUUAGGAGAGGAAAUGAGGUGCCCAUACAGACUGAUAUGAAACAUCUUCAUGUGGCAUGUGUAAAUGUCCUAAAAUAUAUGAUGCAUGCAGACCAGAGAUGCAUUUUGUACACUUGCCGUUCAGCACUGAAGAGGAAGGUAAUAUUACAGAUGGCACAAGUAUAUGAAUAAGUUUACAUAGACGAAAGAGCUUUUGCCUUUUAGCUGUGUGUUUAGUGUGCCGUGUUUAACCCUGCAUGGGUCGUUUUGCUUUCUCGUUUGAGAGCUCUGACCCUUUGAUGCGAAAUCUGUUUAUUGAAAAGCGUUAUUUGCUGUUCUAUAGUGAUUUUUUUUUUUUUUCCUUGGCUGUUUCAUCCACCCUUCGUUCUCUGAGUUGUGCUUCUGCAGCUGGAUUUAAUGGGAAGGGGUUUGUUACAUUUUAAGACACGAGUUUUAAUAUAGAACAGCUAUAAAAGGGGUUUUCAUGGGAUUCUCGCUCAAGUCUUAAUGUGUUGUAAGAGUUGAAUCUGUAUGCUGUUGCUUUCUUUUUCUUUUUUUCUUCAAAAUGCAAUUGUAUUACACAAUAAUACACAUCUACACACAUGCUCUUACAUCCUGAGGCCAUGACAUGUUUGGGUGAGUCUCACGAAACCUGUCAAGAACAUGUCCAGGUUGUAUUUCACCUCCCUCCCCCCCUCCAAAAAACAACAACAAAAAAAUGUAUAAUAUAUACAUAUACAGUCAAACCAAAAUGUAUUCAGACACCUUGAACAUUUCAUUAAUUAAUACAGUUUAUUCACUAUAGUUUAAAAAAAAUGGUAAUAAAAUAUGACAAGAUCUCAGAGUUAAACUGUGUCAGGAAAAAUGAAUCCUAAUUAUGUCAGAUAACACUUAAGCAAAACAUGGUCAGGUCAAAGUGUCUGAAUAAUUUUUGGUUCCAAAUUUUUAUCAAUUUUACUGGUAGUCCACUGUAUGAAGAAUUUUUGGGUAUAAUAUGUCACAGUUUAUUUUAUUUUGCUAUCUUCACUUAAAUGAACUAUAGUGUCCUGCACCCACUAGUAAAAAUAUACCAAAAAUAUCAAAAAUGUCUGAAUAAUUUUUGGUUCGUCGUGUGUGUGUGUGUGUGUGUGUAUAUAUAUAUAUAUAUAUAUAUAUAUAUAUAUAUAUAUAUAUACACACACACACACACAUACACACAGAUAUAUUUAUAUAUCAUAUAGGCUUCAUAUAUAUGAUGCCUAUUUUAGGCUGAUUUAUAAAAAAACAAUAUUUUUACUGUAAAACAGUAAAUUAAAAAUACAAAAUUGAGAAUAAUCAGAAUUAAUAUCAAUACAUUUGUGAGAGAAAAAAAUGGGAUUUGUUCAUAGUACAGUAUUGAGAAUAUGGGGGAGAAAUACACGCAAUUUUCAUGAAAAUAAGCUAAACACAAAACAAAACUGUCAGAAAGUUGGUCUUAAAAAUAGGUUUAAAAUUUAUGAAAAAAUAUAAUUCAUUUUUGGGGUGAAGUUUGAUAUGUUUGUGUGCGAUUCAACAGUUUACUAUGAAUUACUAAUGGAUAUGUUCCAAAAUCGAAAAUGGAAAAUUGGUUCUCAAAACCUCAAAACCUGCCUACAACAGCAUUUUGGCCAUCAUGUGUGUGUUUAAAACAUUUACUGUGUAAGUAAAUGUUAACUAUAUUAACUGUAUAAUUCAACUGAUGCUCAAAAAUGCUUUAGGUUUAGAGACAGCCAUUGUUUGUUUAUAGUGACUUAAGGAAAAGGUGUUUUUUUUUUUUUUCAGUAUAGUUUAUUUAGAUGAACGAGUUGGAGUUUAUUUGAGUGAAUUUGGAAGGAGCGAUUGUGCAUGCUUUGUUUCUCAGGUUUUUACAAAAUAAAUUUCACACCAAUUUUUACACACAUUCUGUGACUCUAAUCUUCAGGCCAAUAAAGAAAAGCUUCUGAACACCAUUAAA